AUGAAACCUGCGUCGAUUAAUAAUGCGAAAACACGGCUGUCCGAUCUGACUGAUCACAACGAAGCAGAGACUAAAAUGAAGGCGAGCAAGGGGUCCCAGCCUCAGCUGGACAGCAUGGAUAUGGACGUGUAUGCGAGCAAAGAGACUAAUCAUGGUGCAGAACCGUCGAUGGUACUCUUUUUCCAAGUAGGUUCAUUGUUAUGUAUAGCUGUACAGAAAGAUAUGUAGUUGUUUUAUUGUUAUUUGGAACGAGAGAUGAAAGAGGUUAUCGGAUUUCAGGUUUUGUUCCCUUUUUUAAUAGCCGGUAUUGGCAUGGUAUUUGCGGGUAUUCUAUUAGAUGUAGUACAACAUUGGCCGUUGUUUAAAGAAGUCCCUGAGACGUUUAUAUUGGUGCCAGCUUUGUUGGGACUUAAGGGCAAUUUAGAAAUGACAUUGGCUUCACGGUUAUCGACUCAAGUAAGUAGUUUUCUUGGUUUUUAUGUUUUAGGUAACAAUCUGCCAGUACGUGAAUCUAAAAUUGCAUAGUAUGCGUUAAAAUCUACUGAUAGUGAUUAUUUUAAGGCUAAUGUUGGUUGUAUGGACACGAAAGAGCAAAUCAAGGCUGUAGUUAUCAGUAACAUGGCGUUGUUACAAACUCAAGCUAUCGUAGUAACAUUCUUGGCAUCUGGAGCAGCUAUGGUAUUAGCUUGGGUGCCUAGAGGAGAAAUAGAUCUAAGUCACGCUGCACUAUUAUGUGCAAGCAGUUUAACGACAGCUUCACUAGCUUCGUUAAUACUUGGCGGUAUUAUGGUCAUAGUUAUCUUGAUCAGUCAGCGACAUAACAUCAACCCUGACAAUGUCGCCACACCAAUCGCGGCUUCUUUAGGUAUGUUGCAGUUUUAAUUUGGAAAUUUAUGACAUAGCUCAUGAUAUUUGUAUCUGGAAGGAGUUUGAUACGUACCUUUACUUUAAAUCAGUGAUUAGGUUGGUUUAGGUGACUUAACAACCCUAGCCAUCUUAUCAGCCUUUGGUUCAUUGUUCUUGAAGGCUCAUCAGACAGAAUCGUGGUUGAACGUGGUUGUAAUCUUUAUGUUUGUGCUUGCUCUGCCAUUUUGGGUAAGGAUAGCUAAGCGGGAAGAAGCGACGUUAAGCAUUCUACGCGAUGGGUGGUGUCCCAUCAUCUUCUCCAUGCUAAUCAGUAGUAGUGGAGGGUUUGUGUUGGAGACGGCCAUGAGGAAGUUUCCACAAAUGGCACUAUUUCAACCAGUUAUUAAUGGUACGUUUCAAAAUCAAUUCUUUUUACAGUCUCUUAUAUUAACGUACAACUAAUGAUAAGUAUUUUGAUGACUACAUUUUAUAUUCUUAUAAUUGCAUAUUGUUUUAGGUGUUGGAGGAAAUCUAGCUGCAGUGCAUGCUAGCCGUAUCUCCACGUUUUACCACAAGUCUUCGAACAUUGGCUUUCUACCUCACGAGUGGACGAUAGAGAGGUUCUACAGCUUCUCGAGGGCGUUCUUCAGCAAUGGUAAGCUUAAGGAAUGAUAUAGUUUAUUGUGAUACAGAUUGGGAUUCCCGCAGUGCUCGUGUGUUGUUGUUCCUGGUGGUUCCCGGCCACAUCUUCUUCAACUGGAUCAUCGGAGCUCUUCAUACGGGAGAAUCGCCUCCAUCUUCUGCUCUCUUUACCUCAAUAUACCUGGGCGCUGGACUAAUUCAGGCAAGUUUUUUGGCGGAAUUACUUUCUUUGAUAAUUUUGUUUGUUCCCGUUACUAUCUGA